UUGCCUCGAUAAUUUCAUUGAUGCAAACACAGAUAUGCAAAUGGAACAGAAUAUUGCGAUGACGUCGAGCCAACGGACGCAGCUUCUCACAAGUGGAUAACGUCGACUACCAAAAUGCCAUUGACAUCGCUCGUUGCCAGUUGGAUGCCAAUAGAUGCGAGGACGUCAUUGAAAUGGAAAUGAGCGAAGACGACGUCGAUACGAUUGUCGGACUUCACAACGAUCUCCGUCGUAAAGUGGCGUCCGGCCAAGAGGAUUUAGGAUCACCUGGUCCACAGCCAACAGCCACUUUCAUGCCCGACUUGGUCUGGGAUCAGGAAUUGGCCGAUGCUGCGUGGCAAUGGGCACAGAAUUGCGAGUUUCAACACGAUCCCAAUCUCAACGAUAUGCAAAUGGGCCAGAAUAUUGCAAUCACGUUCAAUUCGAGGCAGUUGACCACACCAAACUGGGCCGACUCUGCUAUUUAUCCUUGGUACUCGGAGGUGGAGCACAUGGACUGUCGUAGCGUUUCCAGUUUCACGAGUCUUCAAGCACGAAACGGACAAAACAUUGGCCACUACACUCAAGUGGCGUGGGCUGGAACGACGGCUGUGGGAUGUGCAUCCGUCGGCUACUCGGACUAUUCCAUCCCUGAAAUGCCCUACAGAAUUUUGUAUGUCUGCAAUUACAGUCCACCUGGAAACUACAUCGAUCAGCCAGUUUACGACGUAGAUUUCUCGUCGUCCUACUGUCCUGACUAUUAACAUCAGUCAGUCUUGAGUUGAAUUGAACAAAAUCAACGACUUCUUUGAAACCCCCAACUUUGGAUGUAUUUAGUUUGCAGUUUUGUUACAUUCAUUUUGUUUAAAAAUUUAAAAUUGUCAAGUCAUGUGAACGUUGACAUUAGUUUUU